GAGUCGAAGGUCGCACCACAGCUCGACGGCCGUGCCUCGCGGAAGCACUCUAGCUAGCCUGUCCGCCUUUGCUGUAGAUCGACCCUCGGCACCCGCGACCGCGCAGUCCCGCCUGAGCCCGCCCCGCUGCGACCACCUCGUCGGCGCACCCCGACUCGGCCAACCUCCGAGGUCACCAUGCCCGCAUCGCCCUCCAGCCGCUUCGAGGAGCUCUCCGACGACGACCAAGCUCCCAGUACACCUUCUCCAGCACCGCCCUCACCUGCACCUGUCGUUCCGGCCCCGCCAGAGCAACCCGCAACCUCAUCAGCCGAUGACGGAUCUGACGACGACGACGACGAGGAGGACAGCUGGUGGACCCCGUCAGAGCUCCGAGAUCUGCUCGACCACGCCCAGGCGCUCAAGACCCGUGGUAACGGCGAGUUUGGCCAGAGCCGCUGGUCGUUCGCGCUCGAGACGUACCGCGAGGGUCUCGCCGAGCUCCCUGUCCGGCGGCGCAGCGUCAAGGGCAAGGAGAAGGCGCUGCCCGAGGGCGAGGACGAGGGCAAGCAGGAGCGUACCGGUGCGACGGUCGCAAGGGCGGGCGAGGUGGACGAGGAGGCAGAGCUCGACGAGCUGAGCGAGCUGCGGGCCAUCCUCUCCGCCAACAUCGCCGCGUGCCUGCUCAAGCUUGAGCGCUGGAAGGAGGCCGUCUCGGCGUGCGACGACGCCCUCGAGGACAAGGCCGACUACGCCAAGGCGAUACAUCGGCGCGCGCUCGCCAACGAGGCGAUCGGAAGCUGGGGCAGCUUGACCGCCUCUCUCGAAGACUUUAACAAGCUCGCCAGCCUUCCCGGCAACUCGCCCAUCCUCGUGAAGCAGAUCAAGGUCGCGCAGGCGCGGCUGCCCAAGAAGAUCGAGGACCAGCAGGCCAAGGAGAAGGACGAGGUCGUCGGCAAGCUGAAGGACCUGGGCAACAUGGUGCUCGGCAAGUUCGGGCUGUCGACCGACAACUUCAAGCUGCAGGAACAGCCGGGAGGAGGGUACGGCAUCUCGUUCGAGCGGUAGCGAGGGUCAGCGACGUCGGCGGGCGAAGCCGUGCAACUCGUCGAUGAGCUGGAC